UAGAAAUGAAUAAAUGAGAUUAGUUCUCUGUGUUUUCAUAGCGUAGACUUCUUUGUAAAUGCCCGUUUGAUUUGAUUAUCCGAUUACUGUUGCAUUUCGCCACCUAGAGCUCCCGUAGCAUAACAAGCUAGGGUUUCGGACGACAGAGACAGAGACCCGCGAAAUUCAAUCCUUCCAGCUGAAACCAAAGACCCGCGAAAAUGAGUAGUAUGAUGUUUUGUCGAAACUGCAACAACAUUCUGUACCCUAAGGAAGACAAAGAUCUGAAGACCCUUCUGUAUGGGUGUCGAAACUGCGAUCACCAGGAGACUGCUGUAAGCCAUUGUGUAUACAGAAAGAAAAUACAUCAUGCUGCUGGUGACUGCUCACAAGUCAUACCCGAUGUAGCUUCGGAUCCAUCACUACCUCGCACAAAAAAUGCACCAUGCGUUAGGUGUCACCAUCCAGAGGCUAUCUUCUUCCAGGCAACUAGUAAGGGUGAAGAAGGAAUGGCUCUGUUUUUUGUUUGCUGCAACCCGACUUGUGGCCACAGGUGGAGGGAUUAACAUUGCUUGUUAAUUUGCUUGCAAGUUAGCUGUGCAGAUGCGCUCUUCUAUGAAUUACUCUUUUGUAUGCCACCCUUUGUCUGGAGAAUUUAAAUUUGGGGGGCCUGCUAGUAUAAAAACACACUUGUCAAGUUUACUUUUUUAAAAUGGAAUCGCCUAUAUUAACAUCAUUAGAAUCAAUAUUCUUAUAAUGGACUCAACAUAAUCAGAA